AUGUUUUGCGCAAAACUCAUUGUUUUAGCCUUGGCUCUUGUCGCGGGUAAUGUCGCUGGAGCUGCCUCCGAAACUCAGCCCAAGCGCUCCCAAUGUGCCUUGUGGAGGGCUAAAUACAAGGGUCAAUCAACCACCCACCAGUCUGUCGUUGUCAAAGUGAUGAAACCGCGCAUGACCCCUAAGACUCAAAAAGCUCAGCCACAAGAUGCUGGUCUUAGACGCCGCAACACCCCCCCUCACGAGAUGGGUAUGGACAUUGCGGGCGGUCCACACUCAGUUUGUGACCCAGAGCGCGGUUACGAUACCAAAAAAAUAACAGGUGCUUGUCUCUGGACUGGACAACGUCAGUCACCCGAGUUCACAAAGGACGGCUAUUACCCAGGUUGGGUUAACGGUGACCACAAAGAAAACUGCUACAGAAAGCUUUGGUUGAAACCCGACCAGGGACCAGUCGUCUAUGCACCUGUUAUCGAUGGAUGCGCCUUUGCCAAUGAAGGACAAACUAUCAGUGAGGAUGAUGGCUGUGCAACCAUCUGGGUAACCCGAAAGUUGUUCACUGCACUCGGCGGUAAAAAAGACCAACACAGUGUGUGGAUCCACAGCUGGGACUUUGAGAAACAUCAAGGCCCGGGUAACUAG